CCUAUCUGCAGCGUUGAGCACGCUGCGAAGAGGUAACCAGAACACCAUUCAACUAAACAAGCCAGGACUACAUUGAACAGCAGGAAAGGGAAGGGAUGGAAGCAUCUCACUUCUCUAAUACUCUUCGGCGUUGCGAGGGUUGAAACCAGGAAGGAGAACUGCUCGCGAUCAGCAGAGAGCGCUGGAAGCAUUAUACGGUUGGGACGUUUAGCUUACUGUCUUCAUGUUGCACCAGUCGUGGUGUGGGAAGCCCGCUGACAGUAAAGAGAACAGGCGUUGUCGAGCCUGUCACAUGGUCUGAAUGAUCAUGGAGCUCGUGCAGUGUUCCGACAGCAGACGCGCCACCUCGUCUCUCCGCUUCAGCGCACCGUCUACAGCCGCCGGAGCGGGCAGGUAGCCGGGCAGGGGGAUCCAUUGGCAUGCCGUCUGAUGUGGAAUACAGCCCGGUGGGAGAGGGGCUGGGGAUGCGGGACUACUGGCUCUAUGUGUGGCUCCGGAGGGCGGCGGUGAUAGCGGCUCAUGUCACCGGCAUGGGCCUGACCCUCAUCAUCACCCUGCUGUCCAGACCCGGAACCAGUCUGUUUUCUUGGCAUCCAGUGUGUAUGUCUUUUGCAUACUGCCUGUGCAUGACAGAAGGCGUCCUCCUCUUCUCAGCUGAAGGAUCGCCCUUUUGCUUCAAGUCCCGGAAGGGUAAAGUGCGCCUGCACUGGUUCUGUCAGGCUCUAGUCCUGAUAGCGGCGGCCGCCGGGCUGGGCUUCAUGGUGGCCAGCAAGAACUUGUCGGAGCUCCCCCACCUGCUCAGCUGGCACAGCGUGCUGGGCGUCUGCACCCUGGCCGCCACCGCGCUGCAGGCGGCGUGCGGCCUCUGCGUGAUCUUCCCUCAGCUGCUGCGGCUGUCCUCCACCCCGCUCAGGCUGAAGCUGUACCACGCCACCUGCGGCCUGGUGGUCUACCUGCUGGCCACAGUGACCGUGGUGUCGGCCAUGUUCUCCGACUGGUUCCAGGCCACGGUGAAAGGGACAGCGUGGUGGGCCUUCCUCCUGCUGCCCCUGUUCCCCGCCCUGGUGGUGAUGAACCAGAUCACUAAUUCCUACCUGCCCCGCAAGAAGAUCACCAGAUAGUAGGCACAUGGCACGUAGUUUAUAUCCACCACUUCCACUUCUGUCAGAAAAUCUGCUGGAUGGCCCUUUUUUCGGCCGGAGAUCCGUUACCUUCCUCUUUCUUUGUGUUGGCGUUCUAACCUCCAGUGGAUUCCUGAGGACUAAGGCUCCUCAGAUCUCUGAGGGUAAAUCCAGACAGCUAGCUAGACUAUCUGUCCAAUCGGAGUUUUCUGUUGCACGACUAAAACUUCUUUUGAACGUACCCAUGUUCCACCAAAACAAGGUCCUUCCUGUGGCUUUCUUCCGAUUUUUCAGAGGCACUGGGGCUCUGUCCGGAGCUUAGCUCCGCCCAAGAUGAUUGUGAUUGGUUUAAAGAAAUGCCAAUAAACCAGAGCACUCUUUUGUCCCAUCCCAGAAAGCUGUGUGGACUAGCCAGACCCUCUUCCGCAGCGCUGUGGAGGAAGGUCGGGCAAUGCAAGACUACACAGCAUGUGGCAGACCAUUUUUAUUCAUGUGGUGGCCAUAUUAGAGAGGGAGCCUACUUCCUUCGCUUAAAGCAGCCUUUGACGGUAAAAUAACAUGCUAGUGGUCCCGCAGACGACAGAACGUAUAAACAUGGGGGUCUGUCUCACACUGAUCACACUAACGAUCCAUUUGCACCCUCAAAUUGAAUGACUUAUUUGUGCACACAUAUUAUUUAAGCCAUUGUAGUUACAGUUUGUUGUAUCUAUUGAUAACAGCAGUUCCACAGCUGUAUUUGAGUGUGGAGAGUUACCUUAUUAUUAUUAUUAUUAUUAUUAUUAUUAUUCUGUUGGCAGAAAAACCAAACUGUUACCUGACACCUCCUGAAAUCAGUUUUCUUAGCAUCAUAGACUGUAGAAAUAGCGGACGUACCAUCUGUGACGUCACCUCUUGGUUUGUCUGCCGUUUUAAAGAUGGGAUUUUGGCGAUACAAGCGUCGCCAUGUUGUUGUUUUUUGCCACAAAUGUGACGUUUUUUGACGAGAGGGCGGAGCCGGGGUGGAGGAUACGGCUAAGCCAGCGUCGUUUAUGGUUGCAAUGGCGCGGCGCUAAGAUAAACGCCAAAAAGGGAAAGUUGCAGACUUUAAAACCCUUCUGAAGCGUGUCAUCCAGUGGAGAUUUACCGGACCGUUCAUCUGCAUGUACGCUGGCGCUAGCUAGCUAGCUAGGUUGGCCGACUCCUGAACAAGACGUUUCUAGGCAACCAUGAUGUUCCAAUUAACUGUGAUAAAAUGAAAACGCACAGCGAGAGGGUCAAAGUUGAAAACACGGAUAACAGCCAGAAACAAGUUGUGUAUUAUAACCCUCGUGUUGUCUUCCCGUCAAAAUUGAAAAUCAACAUUUUUGUUGACGCUUUUUAUCGAUGGUUUUAACUUUUUCUUACGUUUUUGUCCAAUUUUUCAACACUUUUGAUGCUUUUUUAAAACGUUUGUCCCUUUUUUUGACGUUUUCAAAACUAUGCAACACUAACUUAUUAACUUUAGUUUUACAGUUAUCUUUGGAAUUUAUGGUCAAUAAACCUCAUUUAUAG